CAGUGCUGUGGAGUUUCACAAUAAUCUGUCAGCAGGGCUAUAUAAACCUCAUAACUCACAAUCAAAUAACUUGGAAGAAGACUCUGCCGCUCUCUUUUCCUAAUGGACACCAACUAAAUCCUGAUUGGGACUCCCAGACUGAAGGUGAAUCCCAAAGUGCACCUAGAAAAGGAAAAACUUGUUUUGAGAUGAGGAAGCAACUGAAGCCCAAUGAAGAAAGAUAACUAUUCAGAGGUGAGUGAGUUUAUUUUUCAAGGGUUCUCCAGCUUUCAGGAGCACCAAAUUACACUUUUCCUGGUGUUCCUUGCUCUGUACUUAACCUUUGCAAGCAAUGCCAUUCUUGUGACCAUCAUCAGCAUGGACCAUCACCUCCAUGUUCCAAUGUACUUCUUCCUAAGUAUGCUUUCCAUUUCUGAGACCUUGUAUACAUUGGUAAUUGUCCCAGGAAUGCUGACUAGUCUCAUUGUUCUGAACCAGCCCAUCUCUUUAGCAGGUUGUGCUACUCAAAUGCUUUUCUUUAUCAACUCAGCUAUCAACAAUUGCUUCCUGCUCACAGCAAUGGGAUAUGAUCGUUAUGUGGUCAUUUGCAACCGUCUUUACUACAUAGUAAUCUUGGACGAGAUGUUGUAUACCAAGCUAAUAUGUAGUACAUGUGGUAUUGGUCUGACUGUUGCAACAGUUCAGAUUGCAUCUCUGUUCAAGCUGCCAUUAUAAAGGAAAAACCACUCAGAAGUGAGUGAAUUUGUUUUCCAGGGAUUCUCAAGCUUUCAGGAGCAUCAGAUCAUACUCUUUGUAGUGUUUCUGGCCCUGUACAUCUUAACUCUGGCUGGCAAUGUAAUCAUUGUGACUAUCAUCCGCAUUGAUCGUCACCUCCACACUCCUAUGUACCUCUUCCUGAGCAUCUUGUCAACUUCAGAGACCUUCUACUCUCUGGUUAUUAUCCCUCGCAUGCUGUCUAGUCUGGUGGGCCUUAGCCACUCCAUCUCUUUAAUAGAAUGUGCUACCCAGAUGUUCUUCUUCCUUGGCUUUGCCAUUACUAACUGCCUCCUGCUGGCAGUGAUGGGAUAUGAUAGAUAUGUAGCCAUCUGCAACCCUCUCCGUUACUCUGUUAUCAUGAACUGGAGGGGCUGCACCUUGAUGGCAUCCUUAGUUGGUAUUACAGGUUUCUCUCUGUCACUUGUCCAGGCUGUGACCAUCUUCCAGUUGCCCUUCUGUGAUCCUCUUAUCGAGCAUUUUUUCUGUGAUGUCCGGCCUGUACUUGAUCUAUCCUGUGCCAACACAUUCAUUAAUGAUACUCUGACCUUGGUCAUCAGCCUUCUAGCCAUUACUGCACCUGCCACUUUUCUCUUUAUCUCCUACAUUCUCAUCAUCUCCACCAUCCUGCGCAUUGCAUCAGCUGGGGGAAGACAGAAGGCCUUUGCCACAUGUGCUUCCCAUCUCACAGUGGUCAUUAUACACUAUGGCUGUGCCUCCAUUGCCUACUUCAAACCCAAAUCAGAGAAUACUAAAGAUCAAGACCAGCUGAUUUCUGUGACAUACACUGUCAUCACUCCCCUGCUAAAUCCUGUUGUUUACAGCCUGAGGAAUAAAGAGGUCAAAAAUGCCCUGAGCAGAGCUCUGGGCAAAAAUCCCUUUCUUAGUGUCACUGAAAGGACUGAACGACCUUAA